UUAUACCUUCUGUUUCAUGGAAACAGGAUAAGGAUGGGAGACAACUGGAAAAGAAAGCCCAGCAUCUGCCAUGGUCCUAUACUUUCACGGAUACAGAUCCCUUCAUCUGCUCAGGACACCUCCUUAAUGAAGGAUUUGAAAAGAGGACAGAAGCCCUACUUUUACAGCAUUAUGAGAAUAUAUGACAGCAAAGCGCCGAGGGAAAUGUUGUACCGUCGGUAUGCGAUCAAUCUCCAGCGCCAGAACGUGCAGGGGCUCAUCACAAAGCAGCAAGUCAAAUAUUAUGCAUCCUACCUGAAAGAUUUUUAAAAAAAC